AUGUGUCAUCAGAUGUCAUCAGUACAAUUCUGCGGGUUAGAUGAAACCAGUCAGAAAUGUGCUGCAUGCGCUUCCAGGACGCCGAACGCAUGGAGCACGCCUCACAAGAAACUGGAGAACUGUGAGUUGCUCAAGAGCUCCGCAGCAGCCUUCAUGAAAAGCAAAGACUUCAGAAGGGCCUGCAAAGUGUACCAGUUGGUCCAGGACUUCUUGGGAUAUACCGAUGACUGGGCCCAGGAUGACAAAGAUCGAGCUGACAUAUUGCGGAGAGCCUGUAAGAGCAAUGAGGUCAUGGCUUGGAUCAAGCUCGAACAAUUUCGCAAUGCGGCAGACCUAUGCACCGAGCUUCUGGAAGGAGGUGGUGGCACCACUGCAAAUCCCAAGGACAUCAAGGCGAUCUUUCGCCGGGGUGUCGCGUACAUUGGAUUGGGUGAGGCCAAAUUGGCCACGAAGGCUUUCCAGGAGAUUCUGGCGGAUGAUCCAAAGAACAAUGAGGCCCGUGCGUACCUGACAAAAGCAAAAGAUUUGGAGAAGGAACAGUCGAAGAACAGCGGAGAUCUCUUCAAAGGGAUGAUGGGCGCUGCUGGAAGCUUCGGAUAUCCGGUGGGCUUCAGUAGCACGGAAGGGGACCGCGAACGAGAACGAGAAGCCAUGAUGAAUCGCUUGGAGGAGCUCAAGGCGAAAGGGCCUUUGGUCAUUUGA